AUGAGUGCUUCAACCACACUGAUCUUCCUUCCAACUCCAACCAGCCAGGCUCACAGCAUGAACCAGAGUGGGGCUGUGGGAAAGACAGAGGCAUCAUAUGCCGUCCUCAAGUUCAUGGAGAGCUUCUGCCUCAUCAGCGCGGCCUGUGGGAUGGUGGGGAAUGGCAUGGUCCUCUGGUACCUCGGCUUCCGCAUCCGGAGAAACCACUUCACAGUCUACAUCCUGAACUUGGCCGCUGCCGACUUUGGGUACCUCCUCUGCAUCGCCAUUGAGACGGUUCAGUACCUGAUGCAGUUCAAUGUCGGGGUGCAGUUUGGGAUCUUCCUCUUCCUAGAUCUUUUCAUGUAUGGGACCGGCUUGUAUCUCCUGACAGCCAUCAGCAUUGAGAGGUGCCUGUCUGUGCUGUGUCCAAUCUGGUGCCGAAGCCACCGCCCAAAACCCUUGUCCGGCAUCAUCUCCGGCCUGCUCUGGGCUCUCUCCCUGCUGCUGAACACGCUCGGGUAUAUUUUGUGUUCCCUUCGCCCCCCUGCCAGGAGCUGCCGGCUCCUGCUCAUCACCAUCGGAUCCUUGGACUUCCUCUUCUGCACGCCCCUCAUGCUGCUCUUCAGCCUGACCCUCUUCCUUAGAGUCAAGUGCAGCUCCCAGCACUUCCGAACAGGCAGGCUCUUCACCAUCAUCAUGCUCACCAUCCUCUUCUUCCUCAUUUUCGCUGUGCCGCUCAGCGUCCUGAUCCUCUUUGACUUCUUGGGCUACAAAUUUCUCUACUCCCCGGAGAUCGGCUUUGUGCUGUCCUGCGUGAAUAGCAGCCUCAACCCCGUCAUUUACUUCCUUGUGGGGAGCUACAGGGAUCGGAGAAUCAAGUUCACCCUCCGGCUGGCAUUCCAGAGAGCCUUUGAAGAUUCAGCAGAUGACAAAGAUGAAAGGGAAACCCGUGACACAGUAACUAUGUCCUCCUAA